AAAGCCCUUCAUUUUCAGUACUUCCAGUGCUCCCAUAUUUCAUUCAUCUCCUAUUGGCAAAAAGUCCUAUGUGUGUGACCGGUAGGAAAAAAUUGUUACAAUUUUUAUUUAUGCUUUAGAUUGCCGUCUAACGAAGAUGCUACUGAAUCCACAAAUAAGAAAUUACUCGAUACAAAUAUGGAAAUCAUUAACCUGUGCACGAAAAUAUUGAACAUUAUGACUACUGACAAAAAAUCUCGACAGCAAACCUACCCUCCAGCAAACGGUGACUUAACACUGGAGUUUCCGCUCGAGAAUGAAGACCAGUUAGAGAUGCUGGAAGCAUCUUUAAGAGACGAAAAGUACAAACAGCAAUAUACUGCUAAGAUGGCUAGCUGCCUUCAGAGUGAUCCAAAGUUAUCACUUAAGGUCAUGAUGCACCAUGUUAUAAAACCUGAAGUGGGUUUGAAGUUUACAUUCCAGGGGACUUUGACAAAGUCAAGCAUUGUGCCUUAUGCCUUUUAUAAAAUAAUGAGAUCUUUAAUUAUGUCGCACUUCUCCGGCCAACUAAUGACGACGAGAGAGAUUGGUUACAUGAUGGAUAGGGCCACGAAAUCGUACUUUCAUAAUUUGAAAGAUCGUGUCCAAAGACGUAAGCGGAAGCAAGGAAUUAAGGUAAUAUUGCGAAACGCCUACUUACUUUUAUAAGUGAACGUUUA